UUUAGACUGGUGGGUGAUUCAUUUGUGUCUUCUAGAUAUAAUUGUAUUGUAUUUGUGUUUCCCAGGUCACUGGAGAAAAUGGAACAAGUUUUCGAAGUUUUGCUGUCUUUAACAGUUAUUUUAACAGCUGAAGUAUCAACCACCCCAACAGAGAAGACUGGUUUUACUUUGUUUACACGAAACAGUACAUGGAAUGAAGCGUAUUGUAUAUGUUUGUAUCAUGGUAUGAAUCUGUUAACACUCGACACUAGGGAGAAAGCCACUACAUUUGAAUAUGUUUAUGAGAACGCAGUUAUUAGCAGUGGCAGUUGGUCAGCAUUAUCUAACGACCAUUGGUUUGGUUUGUAUAAUAGCGGCAUGUCCGGGAAUAGGUAUACCUAUGACUGGACCAAUGGACAACCGUACUCAUGGAGUAAUUGGUAUCCCAAUGAGCCAAAUUUUGAACAUGAUGAUAAAUGUGCGCGAAUAGAUGUGUAUCUUUGGAGAACAAUGACAUGUUAUAGUCAAUACACCUUUUUUUGUCAGAAAGCUUUGGGUUCAUGUACCAUGGAGAAGGUAAAAAUGUCUACACCAUUAGGAACACCGAGUGAAAAACUUGAUCUUGCAGAGAGUGACUGUAUCAGAUACUGCCAGGACGAUUCCUCAGCCACUGAUCAAUGUUAUGCUGUACAGCUGGUAGCCCUAUUAACUUGUCAUGUCUACAAAUCCACUGACAAUAAUAUGUUUGUUAAAAGGUCUGACGAAUCUUUGUUAGAUUCAACCAGUAAUAUUUACAGAAAAGUUUGUUACGAAGGGUCUGUUAAUACAGGAGAUUUAAUAUAUAGUGACACAGGAAAUAAACCCUCGUUAACGUGUGGUUUAACUACAACACCGACCACCUCUUCAUCGACAACUACUACUACCCACUCUACAACAUCACCAACAACCACAACUGCUUCUACAACAACAUCAUCACCAACAACCACAACUGCUUCUACAACAACAUCACCGUCAACAACUUCUACUUCUUCUACUGCAACAUCACCGUCCACAACUACUGCUCCUUCUACAACAACACCGUCCCUCGCUACUACUCCUUCUACAACCACAUCACCGUCAACAACUACUACACAUUCUACAACAACAUCCCAGCCCACUACUUCAACAAUACCGUCAGCAGAAUUUACAUUUAUAACAGAAUUUCUUUCGGCAAUAACAAAUACACCGACAUCACCAUCAAGCAAUGCAUCUUCAUCUUCGUCCACUUUGAUGGCAUUAUUGGCCAGAUCAUCCUCAACACAAUUACCCGCAUCAGCGUCCUCGUUGGUGUCUUCGUCGGAGACCUCCUUCCAAAGUUCUUCGACGUUAGGUAUUGUUCUGGCGUCAACAGUUGCAAAUUACCCUAUCUCCUCAAAUCUCAAUAUUGAUCCGACAAGUGUAUUGGAUAUAAGUUCACCCGGAGUGGAACAAAUAUCACUUUCGCCGUCUCCUACAACUCAGUUGUCACCCAUUUCACUACAAACAUCUUUAGAUACCACAGCCUCACAGUUUACCAGAAUCAUUCCAAAAAUGUUGUUGUGUGGUUGUAAGUGUUCACUGAGUUCUGUUGAUUUUCAACUCAAGAUACAACAGGUCGUAGAUGAAUUAACGGUCAUUAAAAACACUACAUCAUCUUUCCGUCGUAAACUGACAUCGGCCGAAGAUGUGAGGCCGUCUGCCCAGGCACUAGGUGCUGUCGGGAUUUUCGUGUUUACAAUUACAUUUGGUGUAAUUGUGGUACUAGAUGCUGCGAGAUUUAUUAGAUUUAUGUACCGACAAAUGGGCGAUAAAGACUCAAACAGUUAUGAAUAAGUUACAAAUUUGCAGUUGGUGGGAUGCCAGUUUCUGUUUAUUUGAUUAGGCUUUUAUUAUGUAUCUUUUAAAAAUUAAGACAUAAUGACUUAAUCUGGUAUACAUAUACGUUUGUUUGUGAUUUCUGCGUUUUGUGUAAUUGUGUGUGGUGCAAUCGUUUCCAGGCCCUCACUGACAGAUCAAGUUGGAUGGAUUGUCGAAAUGAUGGGGUUUUGGCAUAAAGACUUUAUCUUGGUUGUUUGGAGGUAUUUUUGUCGGAUUCGAGACAUACUAUACGCUACCGUGCACCCUGUCUUGUCGAAUUUACGUUUAUGCAAUAAAACAUUUUGUAAGCAAUGAAGUACUAGUGUAUGCACCUUGUGUAAAUAAUAUGUGUGGAUAUUGCGCAAAUAUUGAGAACUACGUGUUUGCGGAAACAGAAUUGUGUUUUGGCGCGUAACUGUGUCGCAAUAACAUGUUCGGACUGCUUCAAUUCAGUAGACCAUAAAUGUGUGUCCGUACCUUUUUUAUAGAAAUAGGUCAAUGUGACAGACAUACGCAGUUGUUGUUGAGAUGUACAGUUCCAUCAUGCCGAUUAAUAAUAUUUGUUCGAUCCUUCUCAUAACACUAGACUUACCCAACUAUUGCGAACUGUUGGAGUGGUGGGGUUUUCUUUCGGGUUUGGGGGAUUUUAAUGACGAUUCAAAAACGGGCGUGGGCCGAUCAUUUGGAAAAUUAGAAUUUAACAACUGUUUUAAGAAAAUUGUUUCGCGUCGUUCAGCUCGGCUGGUCGUUUAUACAUUUGUUUAAAGCGGAAAUUGCAAAUUUUUAAGUUAUAUUUUUAAAAUUUAUUAAAAUAAAGCCUGAAAAUAGAUGGUAUCCAUAAACAGUCCUACCUUGUUAAAGAAUAAUCUUAUUAAUCCUAUAAUUCACUAUUACCAGCUGAGAAAUUGGCAAAAAUAUCAUUUUCCUCUUCAUUUUCAAACGGUUUGAAAAAAGCUACUCCAUGGUGGAGAAUAGAAAACAAGGGAGGUAAUUGGGAGUAAUUGUGUUAUUAUUUCCUGUGUAAAUGAGUUGUAAGUGUGAGAAUUACACCUAUGAUCGUAUAAUUGUGAGUUGACAACCUAUUGAGCAAAAGACAUAGAAAUAAUUACGUUUUGACUUUCUUAGAAAAUUUGCAAUUUCCGCUUUAAAUUCUUACUGGGUAUCAAUUACAUACGCCUUCCAAUUGCCGUCUUUGGAUGAUUAAAAUUCACCAACAGAAUAAUUUAUUGCCAUGACAGGUGCUAGAUAAUGGUGUAAUUUUAUAACUUUGCAAAUCAUUGUGGGCAAAAUAAAGCAAGUUAACAGUGAAUACAAAAUUUCACGACAUUUGGCAUGCUUUGGUUACAUUAAAGGAGCUAAGUCUCUAACUCAUUAUUUUCCAUAAUAUUCAAAAUUAAAAACACGAAUUAGAAUUUAAUAUUGAUCAAUUUCAAGCAAUAUUGACCUUAUCUUGCCGUGAAACUAUGGGAUCCUAAUUAAUAUCCAAUAUUUAAGACACAAUUAACAUUUUAUAAUCAGUACACGGGUCGUGUACCCUAUGGUUUUGGGUGCCAUUUUGUAAUGAACAAAUAAAACAUAUCCUACAACACAGUGUGAAAAUGAUUAGUAAAUGCCGAUUCACAAACGACAAAAAAAUAAUUUUUAAAAAAACGUGUAGAAUGCACUAAGCAGGCGUAAACGACUGCCAUUCAAUUUGAACUGUUCACGUAUUUCACCGAACAUAAUUGAUUAGAAAUUUCAUUCUUUUUUCAAAAAUUGAAUAUAAAUCUCUUUACAUACAUUCAUAUAACAUUAAUAUGCGCUUUUAGAAACAUUUGGUCUAUUUCAAGGUUCCAAAAAAUAGAGCCACACGCCCUUUAAUGAAAACAAAUUUGAUUUUUUAUUUAUGUUAACCUUGUUUAAUUGUAACUGGAGAAGUUUGAUUCAACAUCAAGCCACACGCUGUAUCCUUUCAAACAGUUUGAACAAUAGAAGACGGACGUAAUUCAAUAUUUGCAACAACAAAGUGUGUAAGGAAUAAAAUACGUAUUAUAAAUUAAUAAUUGGUAUAUUUUGUUUGAGGGAAAAGUAUGUUACGGGUAAUAGAAAUCGUAACUGUUUUAUCGAAAAUUUGGGUAAACAGUUUAUUCUUUGUUCAGCGGAAAAAUAUUAUAUUAAACGUGUUACUUGAUAGAUCAUAAAUUAUCGAUCUAAUAACAUGUAAAAUUUAGGUUUUCGGCGACUUUUUAGUCAGUUUUUCUUUGGAAUCGUGGUAUC